CCACUUGACUAGAGCAGUGUCUCCUAGUUACAAGCAGAGAAUCUGCGACAACGACGGCAGUCGCGCUCAUGAUGCAAUGUGGACUUGAGGUAACCGAAGCUGGUGACCGCUCGGGUUUGUCGCAGGUCUUGUGAGCACAAGACGAAAUCGUCCAAAGCAAAGCUGCCGUUUUCCCGACAUGGAGGCAGCGGUGGAGAACGCCAGCGUACCAUUUGAGGAACUUGCUCUCCUUCUACCGAACGCCACUAAUGUGACGGCGGCGGACGACGGGUCGGGCCCCGGCGUGGAGGGCGUCCUGAUCCCGCUCAUCUACAUAAUCGUGUGCGUGAUCGGUCUGGGCGGGAACACGCUGGUCAUCCACAUCGUGCUGCAUCACUCCAAGACGGAGUCAGUGACCAACAUGUACAUCCUCAACCUGGCCAUCGCCGACGAGCUCUUCAUGCUGGGCCUGCCCUUCCUGGCCGUACAGAACUCGCUGCAGGCGUGGCCCUUCGGCGCGUUCAUGUGCCGGCUGGUGAUGACGGUCGACUCCAUCAACCAGUUCACCAGCAUCUUCUGCCUGACGGUUAUGAGUGUGGACCGCUACCUGGCGGUGGGCCACCCCGUCCGCGCAGCCCGGUGGCGGCGCCCUCGUGUGGCCAAGGCAGUCAAUGGCACUGUGUGGGCGCUGUCCUUUCUGGUGGUCCUGCCCGUGGUGGUCUUCGCCAACAUCCAGAAGACAGGCGGCACCUGCAACAUCCUGUGGCCGGCUCCCGCCAAGGUGUGGAGGGCGGCCUUCAUCCUCUACACCUCCACACUGGGCUUCCUGUGCCCGCUGCUCAUCAUUUGCCUGUGCUACCUGCUCAUCGUCUUCAAAGUGCGCAGCUCGGCCAAGAAGGUCCACGCCGCCUCGGCCAAGCGCCGCAAGUCGGAACGCAAGGUGACGCGCAUGGUUGUGAUCGUGGUGGCCGUCUUCGUCCUGUGCUGGUUGCCCUUCUACGGGCUGAACGUGCUCAACCUACUGGUGGCGUUGCCUCCCGAGUAUCACGGCCUCUACUACUUUGUGGUGGUGCUGGGCUACGCCAACAGCUGCGCCAACCCUGUGGUCUACGGCUUCAUGUCGGACAACUUCAAGAGGGGCUUCCGCAAAGCCCUCUGCCGCGCCACCCGCAAGGUGGAAGACCACCAGGCCGUCCGGCCCCAGCCGUCACAGGAGGGGGGAAGGCGGGCACCGGUACCCCGGGAGAGCCUGAAGCGAGGACUUCGCGAAGACGACGACGACAACAUCUCAGAAAUGACGCAAGUCUUGCGAAUCCGGCAAAGUGCAACGACUGGCUGCCCGUCGCAAGGUUUGGAGCCUUUGCUGGCCGGCCUCGAGGCCUUCGAGUCGAAUGCCCGGGGACCCAUGCCAGAUCCCGGCGGCAGGGAUGCCACUGGGAGGGACCUCGAGGUCUCACUAGCGACACCUUUGCUGGGGAAUGCUGCAAACGGGAGUGCAAAAACGAUGCCUGACGACAACGUCGAGCACAGCAACUUGGAAGUCAUGAACUUGUAAUUUGAAGGCAGUGCAGUGAACAUCUUGUGAUUUGUCAAUAAGUGCUUUGGCUGGCAACCAGAACAGUUCAUCUAUAUUUGUCCCCACAUUGGCUGGCAAGAAUUUGUCUCCUGAAAUUGACGCACGACCAGUCAAUUGUUUGCCUUUUUCCUGUGUUCUCUGAGUGUUGUCGUAAAUGUGUCUGAAAUCCUGCAAGGUGAUUUCGUCUACGUUCAGGUGUUGGUCGUGAUGGUGGCUUGAGUGUGAUGUGACUCAUCCAUUUUGUGCCCGUGAGUCACUCGGUGACAAUAUGCACUCUUGUACCACUCUCACGCACUAAUUAAAAACUCUUACCGUGUGCGUGUCCGUGUGUGCGUUGGUUAUUGUGAUGGAACUCCUGAUAACGCUGCAGUCCCGCCAGUCGAGAGCCACUCAUCAUGUGAAGUGUUGAUUAAAAGUCUGGAGACUUUCCCAGUGA